UUCUCCAGAAACAUAAAACGCCGAACCAACGUCCGACCCGGGUCCCUCAAUCCUGGGAGCGAAUACUGAUAAUACAGCAGCGCUCUUUUUUAUCAGGAAGAAGGUGUAGGAGCCCAGCGAAAGACACGCCCUCGAAUCAUCAUGAAACGCCUGAUUUUCCUACUCGCCACGGUGUGGACCUGCAAAGCCGCGUACGUCGGUUCAUCCCCGUACGGAAGUUCCCUGGUCCACCCCCAACCCCAACAAAUCGCUCCGAGCUACGCGCCACCGGCUCCGGUCGGCGAUGACGGCAACGUCAUCGACACACCGGAAGUGGCGCAGGCGAAGGCCGCGCACUUUGCCGAAUUCGCGAGAGCCGCCGCUCGCGCAGCCCAGGAGAAGGAUCAGCAACAGCCGUCCGGUUACAACCCGCACAUCUCGUCGCCGAUUUACAGCUACCCGACGGCCGUCCAACCUACCGCGGUGCCCUAUCAAAGACAGGCUGGCGAUUAUCAGCGGCCUACUCCGAUCUAUCAGACGGCGAAUCACGUGCCGGCGCCGCCCGUUAUCAGCAACUACGCACCGCUCGGUUAUCAGCAACUCCAGCAAUAUCCAGCUCGGGCAAACUUCGUGAACCAGAAGGAUUACGCGCUACCCGCCAAGACCGCUACCUUUGUACCGGCGCCAUUGGCCGAGGACGGAACCGUCUUAGACACGCCGGAAGUGGCGGCCCUGAAGGCUGCCAGACUGGCCGAGCUAGCCGAGGCCGAGGCUCGGGCUUACAAACACGCGAGCGCUCAUCCGAAUGAAGAGCAGGGUCAAGCUUAUUCCGGAUCACCGACCGGCCCCGCUCCCGUCAACUACAAUCCUAAUUUAGGACAUUACGGUGCUUCGCGAGCAUUUCCAGGAUCCUCGUACCCUGGAACUCAGUCUUAUGCCACCCAACAAGCGUACAAUCCAUCGGGUUAUCAGCCUCAUCAUUAUCAGUCCCAGCAUUUGACAGGAACCUAUUGAUCCUGGCGAAUCGGUCAAUUGACAACACUCCGGACACUGUACAUAAUUCUAAAUUAAUAAAUUGUUUCCUCUUUU